AUGUUGUCAAGAGCAGUGAGUUCAUCGGUGAAGCGUAGUGCAAGACAAGCACAGGCGUUGAAGUCAAGAAGUUUUGCUUCAAGUUUGAAAGUCGCCAAUGUCACAUUAGCCAGAUCCAUUCACAGCAUCGGACAAACUCCCAUUCCAGCAAAGUCCACCGUCCAGUUCCAUUCGUUCCAAAGAUAUGCAUCGACAAAAGUGAAGGUGCCUGACAUGGCUGAGUCGAUCACUGAAGGUACUUUGGCUGCGUUCACCAAGGAAGUGGGCGAUUUCGUCAACCAGGAUGAAACCAUUGCCACCAUUGAAACGGACAAGAUUGACGUCGAAGUCAACUCGCCAGUCUCUGGUACUAUCAAGAGCUUUUUGGUCAAUGUAGACGACACUGUUGAGGUUGGACAAGAGAUUGCUGAAAUCGAAGAAGGUGACGCUCCAGCUGGCGGUGCUGUUGAAAAGCCAAAGGAAGAACCAAAGAAGGAAGAAGAGUCCAAGCCAGAGCCAAAGAAGGAAGAGUCCAAGCCAGAGCCAAAGAAGGAAGCACCACCACCACCAAAGAAGGAGGCACCACCAAAGAAGGAAGCUAAAGAAGAACCAACUCCAUCAUUCACAAACUUUUCAAGAAACGAAGAAAGAGUCAAGAUGAACAGAAUGAGAUUGAGAAUCGCUGAGCGUCUUAAGGAGUCUCAAAACACCGCUGCCUCAUUAACCACAUUCAACGAAGUUGACAUGUCCAACCUCAUGGAAAUGAGAAAAUUGUACAAGGAUGAAUUCCUUGAAAAAACCGGUAUCAAGUUGGGCUUCAUGGGUGCCUUCUCCAAGGCUGCUUGCUUGGCAGCCAAGGAUAUCCCCGCCGUCAAUGCCUCGAUUGAAAACAACGACACCUUGGUUUUCCGUGACUACACCGAUAUCUCAAUUGCCGUUGCUACCCCCAAGGGUUUGGUCACCCCCGUGAUUAGAAACGCAGAGUCAAGAUCGAUUUUGGGAAUUGAGCAAGAAAUCUCGGCCUUGGGUAAAAAAGCUCGUGACGGAAAAUUGACUUUGGAAGACAUGACCGGUGGUACUUUUACCAUUUCCAACGGUGGUGUCUUUGGUUCCCUUUACGGUACACCCAUCAUCAACAUGCCGCAAACUGCUGUGUUGGGAUUGCAUGGUGUUAAGCAAAGACCAGUCACUGAAAACGGACAAAUUGUCUCUAGGCCAAUGAUGUACUUGGCAUUAACCUAUGAUCACAGAGUCUUGGAUGGUAGAGAAGCUGUUACCUUCUUAAAGACUAUCAAGGAGUUGGUUGAAGAUCCUAGAAAAAUGUUGCUUUUGGAGUAA